UACCUUUUCGGUGAGCGGCAAGCUGCAACGUCAUUCGCCGCGACGCCUCUCCUGGUAUCUUUGGCUUCUGCAUCUUCGCUGCAAUUCAGGCUCGCCAACGCUCAAAUCUCCGUCUCUGACUUCGCACAGUCUAUGCACAGCGGAAAUUAUAAACAAUCCAUGAUUCCAACAUCAUCAUAACCUCGCCAGGAUGAUGUCCUCGACGAAUGAGGAGGACCCCUUCCUCCAAGUCCAACAAGAUGUAUUAGCACAGCUAUCAUCAACACGCCCGUUAUUUGCCUCCUACCUUCGUAUCCGAUCUCUCACAAGCUCCGUAUCGCCCGAGCUCGCCUCCGCGCGCACCGACCUCGAAGCUGCACUCUCUACACUCGCCGAAGACCUUGCCGACCUUGUAGCGUCGGUCCAGGCCGUUGAAUCCAAUCCUGCCCAGUAUGGUCUCUCUACUGAUGAGGUCAUUCGGCGCAAACGCCUGGUGCAAGAAGUCGGCGGCGAGGUCGAGGACAUGCGCGAUGAGCUGCAAAAGAAGAUCGACAAUGCCGGCGGCGGUGGUGGUAGUGACCUGCCGGAUCCGAGCAGUUUUGCUGUCGAGGGCGAAGAGGAUGGCUACGCACAAUUCGAGCAGCAGCAGCAAAUGGAAAUCAUGCGCGAUCAAGAUACACACCUCGACGGUGUCUUCCACACAGUCGGCAACCUGCGCAGACAAGCAGACGACAUGGGCAGAGAGCUGGAGGAGCAGCGCGAAAUGCUCGAGGUGGUGGACAAUAUCGCCGACCGUGUGGGUGGCAGACUACAGACAGGCAUGAGCAAGCUGACGCACAUUGUCAGGGCCAAUGAGGAUCGGUGGAGCAGCUGCUUCAUCGCCGUCCUGAUCUUUGUUCUCAUUGUCAUGCUCGUGCUGCUUUUGAUGGUUUAGAGCCACACCAUUCGUCUACGCGGCUGCACAUAAUUUUGUUCAUUUGGUUUUUUCCUUUUGCGAGGCGCCCUUUAUGGUUUUUUUCAACAUAGCCUUGCAUACGGCGUUUAGUUUUCUUUUUUCCACUUUAGGCCCCGAUUCAAAGCAUAGGAGCGGUACGAUGAAGGGAUAUACACAAAGAGAUGUACACUAUAUUGGAUGUCAUUUAUAGAGACGACACUUACACAGUUUAAAUUACAACGAAUUAUGGUUUCCAU